UUUAUGAUAGUUGCCUACUCACUACUGCCUAGUCUAAUACGCAAUUCGCAUUAUUUUAAAUAUAUUAUAUAAAUAUUUUUAUCCUUAACUAUUUCAAUAGUUUAAAAUAAAUUUUUGUAUAAAGUUUUAUCCAAGCGACUGGAAUGUUAACAAGAGCUAGAGCUUUUUCAACACAGGCGCUGAAAGUUGUCAACAAUGUUGCUAAGCAACAGUUUGUGAUCACUUUGCAAACAGCAGAAGCCAUUUUAAGCUAUGAGGAAAAAGGCAAAGUAAUUACAUUAAUUCAUACUGAUGUGCCUGCUGAAUUCCAGGGCAAAGGUGUUGGGAAGUUAUUGGGACAGCAUGCAUUUGAUUAUGCAUUAAAGCAGAAGCUAGAUGUGAUAUGCAAAUGUCACUUUCUAGCAAAAGUCUACCAGGAUAAUAUAAAAAAAUACAAAAAUCUUAAUGUUAAGCUGGAUUUGGAUUAGUUAAAAUGGCGAGUAUCUUGAAUAGGUGUAACAUUCACUAUUAUAUAAGAGAAAAAUGCUAUGGCAAAGCUAAAGAUAUUUCUAAGCAUUCAUCAUUACAGCCUAGUGAAUCUUCUGAAUUUUUAUUUUACCAUGCUUUAUGCAAUAUAUUUGAAGGCCAAGGCCAGUUAGGCAUAAAUGAGUUGCUGCCGCUACAGUCCAAUCAAGAUAUCAACUUAGCUGUAGUCAUGGCACUUAUUUAUAGCCACAAGCUUGUAAAUACCAUAGAAAAAGAUGAUUUAUAUAACUUGGAAGCUAAGUUAAAAGAAGAAAGGAAACAUGCAGAUGCAAAAUCACUAUACUAUGCUGGUCUCUUCCUAUCAUUUGCUGGAAAGUAUGAAAAGUCUGCAGAUUAUGUAAAUAAAUCUCUAAGAAAGGAUCCAAAUAACCUAGACGCAGUCAUACUUAAAGCAUACAAUGAUAUGUAUUUGAACUUAGAUAUGCAUCCAUCUAUACAAGACUCCUUGGAGUUAAUUUUAAGUAAAAAUGAUAAAAAUGUGGAAGGUUUACUUGCAUUGGCAAAAUUAAAGUAUCUAUUAAAAGAUCAUGAUUUAUCUAAUUUGACUCUUGAUAAAUUGAUUGUCCACUAUCCCAGGGAAGUAGUUCCUCUGAUUGAGAAAUUAAAAAAUGAAUUUGCUACUCAGAGAUGGGAGGCUGUAUAUGACACCAUAGAGCGAGUAUUAUCUUUAGAACCAACUAAUCUAGAAGCUUUGAAAAUUCGAAUAUUCAUUGCUCUAUGUAGAAAUUCAGAUUAUAUAGAAGCAGUUGACCAAUUAAAUACACUAUAUACAAUUUUGGAAAACGAGGAGACGCAAAAUGGAUAUCAGUUUUAUGACAUUGCACAGACAUUUUCUAAAAUAUGUGCAAAGUCUAGUACAGUUGUAUCGCAAGUUUAUAGAUUUGCACAAUAUGCAUUUGAAAUGUACUCAAGUAAUGUUGAAUAUUUAAGUGAAGUUGGGUAUCAGUGUAUUCUACAAGGCAAAUACAAAGAAGCACUAAGUUUCUUUAAGGCAGCCAGCAAAAUUGAUAGUAACUCUAUAACAGCAUUAUGUGGUUUAACACUAUGCCAAAUGUCUGAUAAUGGCCCGACAGACCAAGUAGCACAGCAAGUGGAACUGUUAUUUGAAAUGCAAGGAACGAAUAAAUUUCCAAUUUUAUACCUACUAACCGCCCAAUUGCAUACAAAAGAUGCAACUUCAUAUCUAAAUAAGGCAAUUGAUUCUCAACUAUCCAAAGCCAACACACACCCAUACAGUUUGACAUACAUCAAAAACUUAGACCCCGAAUUUUUGCUCAACGUCUACAAAGAGUAUAAAAAGUAUUUGCCUAAGAAACCCUUAGUUAUAACUAGCUAUUUAUCCUACUCGCAAGAUGAAAAGAACGUAUCAGUUGAGAAGUGCCUUAAAUUAUUGAAAACGAUAACCGAUGCUUGUCCAGGCUUAAUACCAGCUUUACAUGAGUUAGCUAAACUACAGUUUCAGUUUGGUUUGCCAUUAGAAGCGGAGAAGUUGGCUUUACAAAUUGGAGAUAUGGAUAAUACACAUGCGGGAAGUCAAGUUCUGUUAGCACAGAUCUAUAUACAACAACAGCAGUUCGUAAAGGCCGCUCAAUGCUUGGAAAUGUGUCUUAGUUACAACUUCAAAGUGAGGGACAGUGCGAUGUAUCAUUUUUUAAAUGGUGUGAUUUUGAAAAAUUUAAACCAAGCACAAGAUGCCCUAUCAUUUUUUACAACAAGUCUUCAUAUUCUUAACAGCAAGAAUAAUAUCGGUACGAACAAACAAAUUGAUGAUUUCAAUAUAAUAGAUAAAGCCACAUUGUAUCUUCAAAUGAUUGAACUGCAAACUGUGUUAGGAUUGUUUGGUGAUGCAGGGAAAAGUUUGCAGGAGGCAAUUCAAGAGUUCUCAUACACAUCUGAAGAGAAUCGUCUUUUAAUCGCACGAGCCGAUAUUGCUCUUCGUAAAACAGAUAUCGAUACAGCAAUAGACACAUUAAAUGAAGUAAAACCCGGGCAGCCAUAUUACUUCCAAGCUCAUAGUAAAAUGGCCCAUAUAUACCUUAAAGAGAAGAAAGAUAGGGGAAUGUUCACGAAUUGUUUUAAGGAAAUCGUUAGUAAUCACCCGAUGGCAGAUGCUCAUACUAUGAUGGGUGAUGCCUUUAUGUCUAUACAUGAACCAGUACAAGCAGCUGAGUCGUACGAAACGGCAUACAAAGGGAAUCCGAGCAAUAUUCAAUUAGUAAAGAAACUUGGUGUUGCUCUUGUCAAAAUGCACGAAUAUGAUAAAGCUGUUCGGCACUAUGAAAAUGCAAUUGACCAAACAAAUGACGACGAAUUAAGAUUUGAAUAUUUGGAGCUUCUCCUCAAGCUCAAACAAUAUGACAAAGUGGACUCCGUAAUAUCAUCUCAACUGAUCCAACCACACAAUAAAGAGAGAGACACUCCAACACUGAAGCGCCGUAUCAAACUCCUACUGACUCAAGCGAAAAGCCGCGAUUUAAAAAACUCAGCGAACACAAACCUUAUACUGUCAGAGGCGAAAGAUCUCCAGAAUGCGGUCUUAAAAAGAGUCGAGAUAGACUCGAAGGGAGAUCUGCAAGAGGAGAAAGAGAUGCUGUCAAAGAUUAUAUAUUUGCUGGCGAAGGUUAAAGCGGUUAAAGAACCGGGAGUAGCUGCAAGUCUUCUAUCGGAGGCAUUGAUGUAUUCGCCCAGAAAUCCGGAGACCUUGUUUGCAUUGGCUAAAUUGUAUGCGCAGAUGAAUAAUCCAGAAAAAUGUGAACAAACGUGUAGCGUUCUGUUGAAUGCGGAGCCGAAUAAUGAGUCCGCGGCUGUCAUGAUGGCUGAUUUGGCUUUUAGGAAGGGGGAAUUAGAAACAGCUCAGCGACACCUAAGCCAGAUAUUAUCAGUGAAACCGACAAGUUGGGAGGCGCUUGCGCAGCUCGUUGAGGUCCAAUGGCGAAGAGGGAAAAUCUCUGAAGUGGAUCCAAUUAUCGAACAGGCCAGACUGACUAUGGGGAAGCAGGAGGAUCCUGAAUACUCGUAUUGCGAAGGACUAUACUCAUCAUACCAGGGAAAAGUAAAUGCUGCGUUACGUCAAUUAAAUAUCGCACGACGGUCACAAAGAUGCGCAGGCGCCGCCGCCAAGCGGAUGGUCCUGCUUUGUCUUUCACAACAUGCGCAGGAUUCACUACGGGAAGAUGACACACGAAUUCUAGCAUUACGCACUGCAGAGAAAUUGCUUGUCGAAGUGAACACAUCUGAGAGGAAGGGUCUUCACGCAUUACUGCAAUUGGCUUCCAAACAGAAGUCGCAGGCUGAAAGAGUUCUCCAAGAACUGUUGCCGUACGUCAGUGAGGAAGGAACACAAGACGAUCCAUAUUUGAUCCUGGCGAUUGCUAGCGCGUACAAUAUAGUGAAGCAACCCACUCGAGCCAAAAAUAUACUGAAAAGAACAAUCUCUUCUAUCACGUGGACUCCUGAGAAAGCUGAUGGGUUGGAAAGAUGCUGGCUAGAAGUGGCUGAUAACCAGAUUAAUUCAGGAAGACUUGAGGCCGCAAAGGAGCUCCUUGCGAAAGUCCUUACACACAAUAAGUCUUGCAUCUCAGCCUAUCAAUAUCUAGGUUUUUUAUCGGAAAAGGAUCAAAACUACAAGAGCGCGGCACACAAUUACGAACAAGCCUGGAUCCAUUCAGACAAAAGCGAUCUCUCAAUUGGCUAUAAACUUUCGUAUGCGCACCUUAAAUUAAAAAAAUAUCCCGAAUGUAUUGUUGUGUGCAGACAUAUAUUGAAAGUGCAUCCCGAUUAUCCGAAAAUAAAAAAAGACAUUUUGGAGAAAGCGAAAUCUAAUUUGAGAACUUAAUGUCUGAAUGAACUCAACUUAAUGGAGAUAUCUCACAAACGUAGCAGGAUCUUUUAAAAUUUGUUUUAUUCAUAAUUUAAAGAGCAUUUAUAUUUUAUUCAUGUGUUUAGUAUAGAAAAUGUUAUUCAAAAUAUGUUUUAUAUUAAUAUGGUUUGUCAUAAGAUACAAUUUUCCCUAUAAGCAAAGAUUUAUUCAAUAAAAUUUUAAAAAUC